UCCUCCGCGGACGCCCGGCCGCUCGCUCGCCGCCGAGCCGGGCCCCCGGCGAUGCUCUGGAUCCCACCUCCCCCGGGAGCUGCGCAUUUCCGCGCGCCCGGGCGGCUCCGGCUCCGGCCGGCCCUCGCGGCCGCAGCCCGCGCUCCGCGUCCCCGGGAAGUUGUCUCCGGAGCCCGCGGCGCCUGGGUCUCCUCCCCCUGAGCCCCGCCCCCCCGCCCAGAGCUGGAUCUGCGAGCUGCCCGGCCCGGGGGCGUCGCCGCUUGCUCCACGAAGCCUGCGAGUCUCCGCUGCCCUGCGCGGAGCGCGCGUCCCCCGCCUGGCCGGGGACCCCCCGCGCACCCCCGAGACGGCGCGCGCCCAGAGCGCGGGAGCCCGGAGCGCCGGGCGCCUGGGACCCCGCGGAGCCGCUGCCCAGCCCGCGGGGCUCGUCAGGGAUGCAGGCUGCGCUGUGAGCCCGGGCGCCAAGGCCAUGUCCGGCGCCCGCUGCCGGACCCUGUACCCCUUCUCCGGGGAGCGGCACGGCCAGGGGCUGCGCUUCGCCGCGGGCGAGCUGAUCACGCUGCUGCAGGUCCCGGACGGCGGCUGGUGGGAAGGCGAGAAGGAGGACGGGCUCCGCGGCUGGUUCCCGGCGAGCUACGUGCAGUUGCUGGAGAAGCCUGGAAUGGUGCCCCCUCCGCCCGGAGAGGAGAGCCACACUGUCGCCCUUCCACCUGGCUGGCAGAGCUACUUGUCUCCCCAGGGCCGGCGCUACUAUGUCAACACGGCCACCAAUGAGACCACCUGGGAACGUCCCAGCAGUUCUCCUGGGAUUCCAGCCAGCCCUGGCCCUCACAGGAGCUCUCUGCCUCCAACAGUGAAUGGAUACCACGUGUCAGGGACCCCAGCGUACCCUCCCGAGACUGCCCACAUGAGUGUCCGAAAAUCCACCGGUGAUUCCCAGAACCUGGGAUCCUCCUCACCAGGCAAAAAGCAGAACAAGGAAAACACCAUCACGAUAAACUGCGUGACGUUCCCUCACCCAGACACGAUGCCAGAGCAACAGCUGCUGAAACCGACCGAGUGGAGCUAUUGUGACUAUUUCUGGGCUGAUAAGAAGGACCCCCAGGGCAAUGGCACGGUGGCUGGGUUUGAGCUCCUGCUUCAGAAGCAACUGAAGGGCAAGCAGAUGCAGAAGGAAAUGUCAGAAUUCAUCCGGGAGAGGAUAAAGAUCGAAGAGGAAUAUGCGAAAAACCUAGCUAAGCUCUCUCAGAACUCCUUGGCUGCACAGGAGGAAGGGUCCCUGGGAGAAGCGUGGGCCCAGGUGAAGAAGAGCCUCGCGGAUGAGGCGGAAGUCCAUCUCAAGUUCUCCGCCAAGCUGCACAGCGAGGUGGAGAAACCCCUGAUGAACUUCCGAGAGAACUUCAAGAAGGACAUGAAGAAGUGUGACCACCACAUCGCCGACCUCCGCAAGCAGCUGGCCAGCCGCUAUGCCGCGGUGGAGAAGGCCCGGAAGGCCCUCACGGAGCGGCAGAGAGACCUGGAGAUGAAGACCCAGCAGCUGGAGAUCAAGCUGAGCAACAAGACGGAGGAGGACAUCAAGAAGGCACGGAGGAAGUCCACACAGGCUGGGGAUGACCUCAUGCGCUGUGUGGACCUCUACAACCAAGCCCAGUCCAAGUGGUUUGAAGAGAUGGUGACCACCACGUUGGAGCUGGAGCGGCUGGAGGUGGAGAGGGUGGAGAUGAUCCGGCAGCACCUGUGUCAGUAUACACAGCUGAGGCACGAGACGGACAUGUUCAACCAAAGUACAGUUGAGCCUGUGGACCAGCUGCUUCGAAAAGUGGAUCCAGCCAAAGACAGGGAGCUGUGGGUCCGAGAGCACAAGACAGGCAACAUCCGCCCCGUGGACAUGGAGAUUUAGAUGGGCACGCACGGCCCCGGGGGGUCCUGCCAAGGAGAGGGGCUGGGGGUCCCAUGGAGAGGAGGUGGCCGUGCCCGCCACGGGGCCCGCUGCCGAGUACACCUGCCCUCCCACCCACUGUCCUGGUCCUGGUCCUGGUCUGCCGAGCCGGGGUGAUUCCAGAAGGGAGGCCCUGCUGGGAGCGGCCAGUGCGCCCAGGCCGAGAAGACGGAUCCACAGCCCCGCCCUUGUCCCCAAGGCGGAAGCCCCCCGACUCCUGCGCUAUGUUUGCUGCACCAGGGACACACUGAGGCUGGAGCUUGGUGGUCCCUGCCGAGCCCCGCAGGGGUCACCUCCCCACCCAGAGCCAGCCGCGUCACCCACGUGUGCCCCUGGAAGCCCCGAGGCCCUCUGUCUAGCUGGUCCCCUGUGUCCUGGGCUUUGGAUGGUCGUGGGGGAAAGGUCCCUGUCUCCAACCAAGUAUCACGAUCAGAAUUGUUGCAGGAAGGCACCGCUCAGCUCAACAGCCCCCCCACACCCAGAAUUCUUUGCAGCCCAGCCCACCCUCUUCUAUUUUUUUUUUUUUUUUUUUCCUGUCGCAUUCUGGGAGCUCACUUCCUGGCUCUUGGCCUCUUUUCCAUCAUCUGGGGUCUUGGGAAUAAGGCCUGGCCCCUCUCCGCGCAGUCAGACCCUGCCUGGAGAGGUCGGGCUGGCACUACCUCAUUCAGCACAAGUCGGAGUGUUGAGUCACGUCUCACGCUAGGUCAGGCAUCUCCUGUCGAGUCUCCGGCUGGAGACCCCAUUCCAUCCCACACUUCCCUGCUUCCUCAGGGAGGCUCCCGCUGCCCACCCCUGCCCCCGUCCCAGGCUCCUCACGGGGCUGGCCCAGUCCCCUGUGGGAGAUGGGUUGGGAUGGCUCUCGGUCACCCCUGCCCAUCCCCCGCAGAGAGCUCCAUCUGCUUGUGUUUGGGGCGCGGGGGGGGGGGGGGGGGUUCCCCGUGUGGCUUUCUCUCCCUGGUGGGCAUGGCACAGGGAGGACAGGCUCUCACGGUCUCCACGGGGUGUCCCCUUCCAAGCCAGUGUCCUGCCACCCCAGCCUCAUGUUGUCCUGCACGUUCCGGAGCCCCGCACGGAGCCCUGCUUGGUGCUGGUACCGCCUUGCCCUUUCCCCACCUCCUCAUUCCUGGGAAACGCGGAUCUGGGCGGGACAUGAGAAGCAUUCAGGACACCGCUCAUCAGUCCCUCCCUUUAUAGAAACACAGCAAACCCCGUUCUCCACCAUGUCCAACCCUGAGAAUCCACACCAAGGGACCUGAAGAAGUGGUGACACUCCAGUGUCCACCCACACCUCACACCCCGAAGGUGGUCACUUGGCCAGCAGGGGACAGAUGCUAGCCCAGAACCCACGCCCUGAGAACCCAUCCUUCUUCACUCAUCUUUCCCCUUGAGGACUUUGGACGUCCAGCACCCAUACGCCCCCUACAAGGGUAGGGUCCUAAGAGCACAACUUCUGGGUCCCUCGGUCUUCAUGCCAGGAGUUGAUGAUUCACUCAUCUGGAGUCUUUUGUCACCUCGUUCUUUCUCUGAGACAGAAUUAGGCUCUCACAGUUUAGAAAGAUGCCCAGUAUCCUAGAGUAAGCCACGCUUUGUCGCUUGUCCUGUUGAACCAUCCCAACCAAGAAGGUCAGUGUGGAGGUUGGAUCUGUCCCUGACAGGAAGGACCGCUCCUUCGGGAUUGGGGGUUGGGCCAUGACACCAGCAACUGAUUUUAGGAUGUUCUGUCUUGGUUUGUCUAUGAACAAUGGGUGCUGGUAGGAAUUGCCUUGUGACCGAGUGGACUAAUUUGUGGGUGAUUUUCAAGUGCUCAAGCCAAUAGCCUUGUUACUAACAUAGAUAUUUUGAGUGUGAUACGGCUCAUUGGUUUUUUUUUUUUUUUUUUCUCCCUUGCGAGGAUUCCUGAGUCUUCUGGUCCUCCCUGAGACAGGGGGGAGGGGGCUCUCUUGCCUCUCCAGGGGAACCUGAAUUGGCCCAGUGUGGGUUUUCUGAAGUCAUUCUUCCCCGCCUCCUAACCACCCCCACCCCUCAGCCCGAGCUCAUUAGCCUCCUCACAUUAUUUUCUUUUUUCUCUGUGCUCCUUCCUUCAUCAAAGAGCUUAGUGAGUUUUGGGGACAACACAGGGCAGGGGAAAGCCCAGCAUCUCUCCUUUCUGCAUAGACGUAUGUUUUCUCCGGGAGUCUGGCAGGUCAGUAACCUUGACCUUCAUGUACGAGCGUUCUUUGCAAAGUUGAGGUUUCUAGGGAUUCUCUCUGUUGGGCUGGUAGACCUGCAUUCAUUUGUUCGUCCACUGAGCAGAUACUGGAGUCAAGCCAGGCAUCCUAUGGGCACAGAACUGUAGCUACAUGCAGGACACACGCUCUUUCCCCGUCUCCUCUGUUCUCUGUGGAGGUGGGGGCUCUCUAGAUCUCUCUGUGGAAUGGGAGCAUGGCACCCCUUCCACGUUUAACCCCCUUGGAGCCUGUCAUCCUAACUCAAACCACCACCGGGUGGUGUUUCCUGGCUGGGUGGAAGGUGGACCCUAAGGAUGGAAUCCCUUGUCCCUCACAGUCUGGAUGCAACUCAGAUCUCAGAUUUCUCUCGUUUCUUUUAAAUAACUCUCCUCACUUGACAGGAAAGAACGAAGCCCAGGGAUGCCCCAUGAACCCAGGGAGUGAGGAGCAGGGUCUGUUAACGGGGCUCCCACUCUGGGUGAACCAAGACGAGGCUGAGGUCUAGAACACCCCAGGGCUCCAGAGUAGCCCUCUAUCCAGUUCCUUUAUUCUUGUCAAUGUCGGUGUUCAGGAUAGAAGAGCGUGUGGCUGGGCUUGUGCUGAGUGUCUGGAAUAUUCCGGGCACAUCCGUGGUCCUCUAAGAACAAGUGAGCCCUUUCUUCCUGCCUCCUAUAAGACAUGAUUGCAUUUGAUUUUGGGUGGGGGGGGGAAAUCUCUAAGAUAAAUGGUGUCCAAAGUGCGUUGGUUGGCGCAACAACCUCCAGGCAAAGCCACUUGUUCCUUCCGUCACUCUUGAUCAGUCUUGCCAAGCCCUGGACGACCGGACCACGAGGCCAGCUGCCCGUGGGACCACCUUGGGCCUUCUUUGUGCCUGUCGGGCCAGGAGGAUCUCUGCCCAAGGAGGCGCUUCUCCCUGGGGCUGGUUCAUGACCAGAGCGAGCAAAAAAACAAGUGUCCACGCUCCCAAACCAGUGGGGAGGACGGCUGUUUCUCUUCCCUUUGUGAAAACCAAUCAAUUACUAGCUUAGUGGAUGGGUACGAAAGAAUUUUGGCGGAACCAAAGUCCCUUCUUGGAAAUACAAGCCAUAAACUUCAAAGGACAUCCAAGACUUUGGCUUGUUGAUGUGAUUUUACUUCCAGCCGUGAGUGGCCUUGACAGGGAGAGUUUAAACAGGAUUCUUCAGACCCGCUGAUGGUUAGGUAGGUAGGGAAAGCACUUGAGGCGUGUUAAGUGGGGUACAGACCAGCGUAUCCCCUGAAUCCUCCUGCCCCUCCCAGACCUACCACCUUGGUUUUUUUGGUUUUGUUUUGUUUUUCAGAUUGAGCUUUUUAAACAUACAGUAUUAAAGUUUACUGACCUAGGGUGGAAUGCAUCCUACUGUAUAGGGUUCCAUGAAUUUUGACAACCCUGCAGUCUUACAACCACCACUGAAAUCAUCAUCCUGUUUCUCUCACGCCUGAAAAUUCCCUCCAGCUCCUUUAAGAGCUGAUCAUCCACACCUGCUCCCCUUCCUGCCCCCCCCCCCGGCGGCCCCCAGUAGAUUGUCAGACCCUAUGGGGUUGCCUUUUCUAGAAUGUCCUAUGAAAGGAGCCCCUGAUGUAGCCGUCGAGUCUGGCUGCUUUCCCUUGGCUUCAUGCUUCGGGUCACCCAUGUUGUGUGCGUCCCUAUCACGUCCCAUGUCUCGUGGAAUCGCACGCUGUCACACGGGCGAACCACGGGCUUCCUCGCUUGUGAAAUGCGUUGUUUGGCUUGGAGGCUCCGGGCCUGGGGUCCUCGGCUUGUUUGCACGGCUGCUCCCUGUGCUUCCCAAGGCUCCUCCAAUGCCAGCCGUGCCCGCCAUCAUUCUUGGAGCUCACACUUGCCCUCAUGGUUCAUUAUAGGUUUUUGUGCGGAAAAGGGCUGGGGGGCUGGGGGAGGGGUGCCUCCCACUUCUGCUGCAUCCCAAAGCUUGCACCUUGGCUGGUAGAUCCAUGCACUCCUGGGGAGGGAGGGGGGCUCGCUUCAGCUCACACGGCCUUCGACUUCUACUGAGCCUCAUGAGGGGGGCGUGGAAGGUGAAUGGACAGAGUGCGGGUGGAAACACAGAGGGCAACCUUGGGCUGGCCGUGACCUCUCCCCGGAUCUCUGUUCCUCCAUCAGCAGGCCGCAGCUGUGCCUUCUGGUGUCCCCAGUCUCCUCCAGCUACUGCUCUCCCUCCUCCCCUUCUCAUUUCUCCAGGUCUGUACCCAACACUAUCAUGCCUGCCCUGAGCCCCAUCGGCAUGCUUGUGCAUGGUGAUGUCUGAAGUCCUCCCUAGAGGGAUCCCCUGGUGCUUCUCUCGUUUAGACAUGAAUGGAGCUAAAAUUAAGAGUUUCCCGAGCUGUUGAGAAUGAGGGAGUUCUGCCUAGGGCCCUGAAAGGAACAGUUGUACGUCAUUACCUUCGGGGUCUCCCCGCCAACCCCGAUCUUAGAUCUCAUGUCCUGAGGUCUAUUUCCAAGGACCAAGGCAAGCAGGAUGGAGACAAAGCCUCUUCCUGUGAGCUGCUUGGCACUGCUGGACCCUUGCUGAGCUGGUGGUCACACCGAGCCAAGCCUGUGCCUGCAGCCCCCGGGACAGGAAGGGAGUGGCAGAUAGUGGCAGAGAUGAGCCCGAACCCAGCCAACCGGGCAGGCAAGGAGCAUGAUCUCCCCACCGCCCGGUGACAACUCCUCCCAAUCGGGUCUUGAUGGUGCCCUGCUAGAGGAGAGGUGAGCCCUUGGAGGCAACCAGGUAGCCCUCCGAGCCAACGGAAGACAUUCCUGGGGCCAGGGCAGGCGGGGAGGGGUGGGCCGUGGAGCCCAAGUCUGCGGGACCCCGUUCUUGGGCACAUCUGAGUUGAGUUUUGCCAGGGAUGAUUCUUGGCCCCCGCCCCCAUGGGAGUAUUGCUUCUGUCUGGCCUUUUCCUGAAGGUGAAGGACCCCCCUCCUGCUGCAGCAGGUCUGGGUGAGAAUGAGGUGACAGGAACGGAUGUUUUGUUUUCCCUAACCCUUUUGAUGCUGGGGCUUAGAAAGGAGUCCUUGUUGGGAGGUGCCUCUGAGGGGGCUGGGGGCGUCUUUGGGUCUUUCUUUGGGUGUGGUUUGGGGGACGCUGAUCCCUUGUGUUGGAGGGGCAGUCCUAACAGGAUAGCAGUAGUGGGUCUUCAGAGGGUCUGGGCACACAGGUGCCAUCAUGGGGAUGGAGAGGGAAAGCAUUCGGCGCCAGGUUGAGAGCACUGGACUGUCCCCGGUCCACCACCUCGUGGGUCCUGUAACCCAAACUAAAGUCACAUUCCCUCCUGGGACCUCCUUACUCCCUCUGUCAAGUAAGCGGAGACACGCCCUUUCCAGCAUCACACGCAGCAGACCAGCUGCUGGGAGCUGUGGUCUCCAGGCAGCCAUCUGGACCCAGGAGCAGACAUUCAAAGGGACACCAGCCACCCUUGGCGACUGGGUCCCAAAUUUGCAUCUCUUCCCUUCCCUGAGGAAGGAGAUGAUAGCGGGGUGGGGUAGGAGGGUAGGGGGGCAGUCCUUUCACAGACGAGCACAUCAGCAAACCCUACGACAGUGGGAUUUUCUAACAAAAUAAACUUGCUUAUUUGGUCUGUUUUCUGUAACUUUUGCUAAAUACUUUAUACAUUUUUAAUGUUAAAAAAGCCGUGUCUCCUGCCAGCAUUCCUCAUCCCGGUAUGAAUGUGUUUACUCCACAUUGUAUAUCUUUCCACCCUCUGGCUGCCUAGAUCAGUAAAUAAAAUUGAUGUACUAUAAUUUAUAAGUAACACUGUCGAAACUCCGAUCCCUAUAGAGGCUGUAACCUGCCCGUCCCCCUCUCCCCCCGCCCCCACCUCCCGUAACAGCAUUUGUGUGUAUUAAUGCUAAAGAAUUAAAUGUUUAAAGGGUUUAAAUUUUGAA